AUGAUUUCCUUGACCCCGAACGCCUGCGUUGCGCUCCGCGAUGCCACCAACCAGGCCAUCCUCACCUCCCGCCCGCUCGUGCGCAUCAUCGCCAUCGUCGACCGUGCCGACCUCAACAGCAACGGGGCCGCGAACACCGCAGCCACCGGCCCUGCGGCCAUAGUCACGGACGGCCUCUCCUACGCCUUCGUCGCGCUCGGGCCUGACGAGGCGGCCAAGAUCAUCGAGGGCCCCGGCCUCGGGCUGCACGUCGGCUCGGUCGUCACGCUCCUCAGUUUGUCCAGGAACCCCGCCAACGACCCCUGCCCCGUCCUCGCUACUUCCACGCAGAUCGAGUACGCAGACCUGCAGGACGGCGGCGAGAGAACCGACGCGGACGACUUUGACAACUGCCCGCUCAUUGUCACCGGCGUGGACGACCCCCUUCACGCGGUGACGGCCGAGCGGGACAACGAGCGCCGCCUCCGCCGCCUCCUCACGCACACGCUCGCGCACGUCGCGCGCGACCUCCUGCCCGGCCACAAGGGCGGCCUGGUCCCGUCCGUCGUUGCGGCAUUCAACGCCCCCAAGGGGCAAACCGGGGAGCUGUCAGUGGAGACGCGGGACCGGAAGCAAGACAGGACGAGAUAG